GUAGUUCAAUUUUAUUGAUUGCAAUAUGUCUAAAGAAGAAGUCGUGCAGCGAGGAAACUGGAAAACGUGGUGGGAGUUUUUAUUUUCUUCUGUCGGGUGUUUGGUUGGACUUGGUAACAUAUGGAGAUUUCCUUAUAUUUGUUUCAAGAAUGGAGGAGGUGCAUUCCUGAUUCCAUAUUUUAUAUUCAUGUUCCUAUGUGCGAUGCCAAUGAUGUUCUUGGAAAUGACUUUUUCCCAGUAUUCUAAUCUAGGACCUGGAAGAGUUUGGAUUUGUUGUCCGCUACUAAAAGGAAUAGGACAUGGAAUGGUCGUGUUGACGGGAAUUGUAAGUACAUACUACAACGUCAUCUUGGCCUGGGCACUGUAUUAUUUUGGAAUGUCUUUCUUCCCCAAACUUCCAUGGACCAGUUGUGACAACGCCUGGAAUACUGAGUUCUGUGAUCUGCGAGAGAUGAAUUCGAGUUUGCCAAACUCCACGCUAUUUAUUGAAGAUGAUAAUGUUAACAUCUCACUGCGUUCUUCUGCGGAGGAAUUCUGGGCGCGAAAUGUCCUUGACAUCUCUGAUGGCAUUGGGAACCCUGGGAGUAUUCGCUGGCAGCUUCUCUUGUGUCUACUGGCUGCUUGGUUAGCUGUGUUUCUGUGUUUAUUCAAAGGAAUCAAAACUUCCGGAAAGGUUGUAUACGUGGCUGCCACUGUGCCGUACCUAUUCCUAUUGACUUUGUUUAUAAGAGGUUUGACAUUUAAUAUUGAUGGAGCAAUGAAAGGUUUAGGCGUGUUUCUGAUACCUCGAUGGGAAGACCUGCUUAGAUUCAAUGUGUGGUGUGAUGCUGCAGUACAGAUGUUUUACUCUGCUGGACUAGGAUGGGGAGGCAUUUCUACCUUGGCAAGCUAUAAUUCCUUUAAUAACAACGUUUUCAGAGACGCCAUGAUCCUUCCUGUUGUUGACGUAUUGACGAGCGUUUUUGCCGGAUGUGUGGUAUUCGUGACGCUGGGUUUCAUGGCCGACGAAGCCGGUGUUUCUAUUGAUAAAGUUGUUAACAGCGGACCUGGAAUAGCUUUCAUUGUGUACCCCGAGGCAGUCUCUAAACUCCCUCUCCCUCAGCUCUGGGCCGUUCUUUUCUUCAUCAUGCUUUUCACAGUUGGACUUGACAGUCAGAUGGUACAUAUUCAAACCUUGACAGGUGCUCUACAUGACAACUUUCCAAAAGCUUUAAACAAGUGGAAAACUUCAUUAACUGGGAUACUCUGUUUUAUUGGUUUCUUGCUUGGAAUACCAUGCAUUACGCAGGGUGGUAUAUAUGUCUUAACCCUUAUUGAUUGGUAUUGUGCCAGUGUGUCUGUAAUGCUGUUGACACUUCUAGAAGUGACGUCAUUGGCCUGGUUCUAUGGUGUGGAAAGAAUUUACAAGGACUUGGAAAUGAUGAUCGGGUAUAAACCAACACCGUUAUGGAAGAUUAUGUGGUUAUUCAUAACUCCUUUGGUGAUAUUGCUUAUCUGGAUUGUCAGUUUAAUUCGUUAUUCGCCGGUAGAGUAUGGCGAUUACAAGUAUCCAUCUUACGCUAUUGGGAUAGGAUGGAUGAUAGCCAUUUUAUCGUUAGUGUCAAUACCCGUAGGAAUGGUAACGACACUCUUAAACACGGGGGAUAACUCGACACCUCUUCUGCAAAGACUAAGAUUUUCGUUACAACAUACUGAAGACUGGAAACCUGCAGUGCAGUCUCUCCCUGGGGACGUAGAGAUGAGGAAAACGCUUAUUUAAUUCCAAUACAAAUACAUGUAUCAACUUGUACACAUUUCAUAUGCAUUUUAUAUACAUGUAUCUGUCAUAUGAGACUAAACAUUUAUUUCAUGUAUUUUAUUUUUGAGUUGGAGGAUGUUAAAUAAUUUUUUUGUAAAAA